CUCGUGUCAGUUGAGCCGUGUGCCGCGUCGUGGUAGGUCGUGUGGUAGUGUUGCGUCUCGCGUUGUCUCGCCGUAUACAUCGACGAUGACGUCUUCCUUGUGACUAUGAGCGAUUCGCGCUCCUGACGAGGACCAUCGGGCACGUCGUACACCCGUCGUCGCCAUCGUCGUGUCGUCGGCGUCGUCGGCGCCGUUUUUCCCUCGACCGGGGGGAACGCCGGUCGCGUUGUACGUGUGCCGCGGUGGUGCGUGUACGACGGUGCGUGGACUUUACUCGCUCGUCAUCAGCCUUUUCUUCACUCGGACGCACACCGGCCGGUCGUGGUGCGCCGGUGAAUCGUGUGAGACGCAAACUUCCGCGACGCUCGCCGUCGCUGUUGUCUCGAUCGAACGCGAACGGAGACCGGUGCAAGUCGAGACGUGCAAGUCGGAGCAAGUUUUCGUAUACGACGUGAACUUUGCCGAUUGUCGUGUCACUGUCUCGAUAAGAAGCGCGUGCGCGCGCGCGCGCGCGCGCGUGUGUGUGUGUGUGUGUGAUUGGUUAGAGAGACGCGCACCGUUGGUACGUGUUUACGACGUGACUCGUUGUUCUGUGUGAAAACUGAUUAUCAGCAAUUCGAAAGUGAUCGCAAAGCGAAGCGUCUUCCUGUUGCGGAACCGCCGUAUUUUUCGACCAGUGUUCCGAUCGAUUUGUACAUCUCGGGCGUCCUUGCGCAAGGGGAAACUUCAACGCGUGGAAUAGCCGGUGGUGUGGCGUCGCGCGAGUGACUGUACAAGAUUCUGCGUGCAGUAGGUCAGGCUGCGUUUCUCGGAAUCGGACGCCAUUUCCGAGAAGUCGGCCGAGUUACGUUCCUGGAAUCGGCUCGCCGUGCUGCGUUUCGGGAGCGAAUAGUCGCGCUUCAGCCGGUGAGUUACACUUCACCUAAUCGUCGCGACCUGUUCUCGGUGCAAUAUUUGUCAGAGACGAGAAUAACUAAAAUCGCGCUCUCGUCAAUCCGUCGUCAUGGAUAUCAAGUUGAUGUGAUAGUGAACACGAACACGUCGUCGCGAGUUUCAAGGUCCCCCCCGAAGGUGACGAUCGGUCGUGGGAUCGCGCUCGCCGCCCGACUACAUAACCGAGUUUUGUGCUGCCCGACGACGCUGCUCGAGGUACACCCUCGCGGAGAUUUCGGUGUCGAUUUCGAUCUGGCGUUAACCUUGCCACAACCGUCUUCCAUCUGACGCGCUCUACAGCCGCUGAAGAAAAAAGCCCGUCGUUCGCGAAGUCGAGCGCGCGCGCGCAUCAUUCUUAAACCUGCAACGUGGACCGCCACGAGAUCUGCCCUCCGCCGGAUCUCUCGAGUUUCUCGAAACGGACAAGACUGGCAGGUCAUCUCCGUAGCUCGUCGUCACCGCGUAGUGCGCGCAACGACACGUCUUGCGGAAAUUGCGCCCCGUUUUCUCAUCGAUCAUCGAUCUCUCGCGACCCUGUCGCCGUCGACGACGACGACGCCGACGACGACGACGCCGACGACGCCGACAUUGCUCGCAACGACUGACGAUCUCUCGCGAACGUGCGGUAAAACGAGGUCGUUCUGUCCUUUUCUCUCCUUCAAGUACAUUUCGUCAAGAUCGUCGCCAGUUCGCGUGUCAAUCUCGGAGCUUCAUUUCUCUUCGCGUAAAUAGACACUGUAAAGCCGGAAUAAGUGAUGCAGAUCUGAGUGGCAGCGUGCCGGAUUCGGUCCUACGAGGUACAUCCGAAGGGUGCAGCGCACAAAGGACCCGGAGCGCGUCCGGAUUUAUCGAGAUACGCUCGAGGCGGCUGCUGUCGUGUGGCGCGUUUGCUGGGAAGAGCCGAGUGCUCGUCACGGCUGCUGCUCCGCCUUCGCAUUUACCCGAGGAUCUGUACGCUCGGAAACGGACGAGAGAGAAGCGCUAUAAAAACUGAGACAUCGACCGGACGAUCGUAUCAGCGGCGACAAGCGUCGGUUCUCCGACUCGAAUCGUCCCCUCCCGUACUCGUACAUCUCGUAAUGAGCCGAAGAGCGGUACAUGUCAAACGGCGAACGUGACCGCCGCAAAUCGCCGCUCUCGCCGCGCCGCCGCCGCGUGUCCCAGGGUCGUCGGUCCCGAGGCGACGCUCGUUAAAGACCGCAGUCGAUUGUGCGCGCCAAGAGCCGAGAAUGUCGCGCUAAAGAAGCAUAGGUCCGAUUUAUUCGAAACGGCGAAACGCUCCAGCCUGGAUCGGACUUUGGACGAUUCGCGCGCGCGCGCGCGCGCCUCGAUGGAUGUUGUUACGUCGUGUGGAAGGUGGCCUCGCGGGAUGGUAGGUGGAAGGUAGCUGCCAGGAACGGCGGAUAAAGGAACGCACGCGGAAUCGUCGAACGCGAGGAGCUGUGGGGAGAGAGAGAGAGAGAGAGAGAGAGAGAGAGAGAGAGAGGGAGAGAGAGAGGGAGAGAGAGAGAGAGCGAGAGAGAAACGAGAGGUGAAAAAAGGCAGCGCAGAAUAACGAGGUGGGAGAAGGGAAGGAAGGACGGGCGCGUGUGUGCGAGCGAAGAAAAGAAAGAGUCGAAGAAGCGCGGGCGGGGGCGUAGCCGGGCCUACGCGAGCGCAACGAGAUAGAAGAAGAAAGAAAGAGAGAGAGAGAGCGAGCCGAGAUGACCAUGGCGAGCAACAUCGUGGUCGAGUGGCUGCGGUCGCUCCCCCUCGGCCAGUACUCGGAGUCAUUCAUCGACAACGGCUACGACGACCUUGAGAUCUGCAAACAGAUCGGCGAUCCGGAUCUCGACGCGAUCGGCGUCUUCAAUCAGACGCACCGCGCCCGCUUAUUGCAAUCGGUAAAGACCCUGCGCGAAGAGGGUGCCGCGAGUGUAUAUUUCACGCUGGAGGAGACGACCGACUGCAUCAAUUGCGACAAUGUCAGCUCCAAGUCGUCGAGAACGUCGUCCGAGAGACCACCCAGCGAUAAGGAAGUGCAACGCGCGUCGCCCACGGCCAGCUCUUCCAGCGGCGGUCAGGAACUGACGAAGUUCGCGGACGAGUACGAGGAGGGCAAGGCCGAGCUGGUGAGAAUUCCCAGGAUGCAGCUGAGGAUGUUGCUGCAAGAGAAGCUACGACACGACGGCAUCAGGCUGGCCUGUCAGCCGUACACCACAUCGGAGGGCGAGAGGGGGUACUUGGAGGGACUCGCUUCGAGGUAUGCAGACCUCUUCAGAACACAUUACGGAGACGUCCUGGAGCCGCUUGAGGAGCUACGCCGGCGAGAAACAAAUGCUUCCUCCAGAAUGCCCAACACUCAGCUCACCACCAGUCAUUCGCAGCCCAUUUACGUGCCCGGCAAAUACUCGCCCUCGAGCUGCCUCAGCGACAAGGAGGAGGACGAAAUCUAUGGCUUCGGAUAUGGGGUCUUCAGCAGACAGAUGCUCCAACAUCGACAGCAGAAGCUCGCACUCGCCACGCAAAACACGACCGCCGUGACGCCGGCUGGGCCUCAGGCAGCCUACCAAAGUUGUCUGAGCCCGAGAUCCGCGUUCUUCUACGAGUUCCCGCCUAACGAGCAAGGACAAAAUACCAGCAAGAAAAAGACAACGUUUUCGAGGCUGCUACGAGGAUUGAAAACCCACAGAAAAGAGAAACAAGGCCAGACCCAAGGCUCUCCCAGGCACGCUCGCGCAAGGGUGGGCGUACCUCAAAGGGUGGACACACCUGACAGUGUUUUGCAAAGCGGUUUGGGUCUUGGGCCCGACAUGGGACACACGAUACUUCGUUCGAUGGUGGAUCCCCGAGAUUACGACCGAUUGCGAUACCUACAGAUGAACGGCGGCCAAGCAAACAGUUUCGAGGAAACAAUACAGAGGCUGAAAGUUCAAGAGGCGCUGCGCAAGAAGGAGCGAAUCCACAAGGAGCACGAAGAGAUACUGAGGGAUAUCCGGCAAGGUUUAAUGCAGCUAGGACGAGACGGACGGGGUCAGCUCCCUGGGGAUGAUACGUACAUGUACGACGAAGACGCGCGAUGCGGAGGCGCUGGUGGUUUAGGCCCCGGACCAGGCGGUCAACACUGGUACGACGAACCACCUUACGAGUCGGAUCCCGAGGACUUCCUCAUGGGGGCUAGCGGUGGCCCGAUGCCGACCGCCACGAUCCAAAACGGAAGGGUAUGCUUCACGCUGAACCUGAGGCCGGAGAACCGGGGCGAGGGUGUGAUCUCUCUUCGAACAGCCGGCGACAUCAGCUUGCCGCGCGACCGUUCGAGGAAAGGUGCAACAUCGACGAUGCGAGGUCUCAUCGUUCCUCAGGGUCACAAUAAUCCACCGACGAUUAUACCCCUGACACACUCGAGGGCUUCUCGUGAGAGCGGAGAUUAUGCGAGUAGCGACGUGCAGAGUGUGAGCUCGAGACUGUCGACUGUGUCGGUGGACACGAGUAGGAGCGACCAGCCACCUCCGGUGGCGGGCGGUCGCCAUCCAGCCGACCGGUCGGAGCACCAUCACGAGCACCGUCACAACCAUCGCCACCAUCAUCACGAACAUCACCACUCGGUCUCACCCCGACCCAAUCAACGUCACCCCGCCACCACUAGCACGACCGUUACCACCAACACCGCCGACGCAACGUCACCGCAAAGCAACGCGCAACGUCGCCCGGUUCCCAGAUAUAGCCGGAGUAGCGGCGAGGAGGGACUGUCGCCGAGCCAGAGCAGCGACUACGAGGAUCAAGAAGAACUCGAGAAUCAACACUCGGCCGCCGUGCACACAUCAGAGGCCAGCGCGCUGCUGGAAGGCGACGCCAGAGCGGGAAUCGCCGGUCGAGCGAGGAAUUUGAGGCACGACGUGCAACGAAAGAUCUCGAGGCUGCGCCAGGAUCGCGCGUCCUCGGAGGCCUUCCCGUGCAGCGCGAGCAGCGUCGAGAGCCUACCGAGCGGAAGCGGCUCCAGCACGCAGGCAUUGGUCCGCGCAGGAAGCAAUCAUAGCUCGAUAUCCUGCGAGGACCGGGACGCCAUCAGCCCGACGUCCAUCGGCCCUGUCCUCUGCAGGGCGAGGGCGCUGGUGGACUAUACCCCCAGUCCGUACGACAAGGACGCGUUAAAGUUCAAGAAAGGGGAAGUAAUCGAUGUGGUGCAGAUGAACAAGAGCGGCCUAUGGAAGGGCGUCGUGCACAACAGGAUAGGCCACUUCAAGUUCAUAAACGUCGAGAUACUGAACGACAGGGUGCCCAGGCGGGGAGAGCCGGAGCGGGGCAAGUGGGGUCAGAGAUACAGGCAGAAGCCGGGUUCCGUUCAAGAGCUCUUGCAGAGAAUGAAUCUUCAGGAACAUAUUCCAGUUUUUGUGCUGAACGGAUACGAGGAUCUGGAGCUCUUCAGGGAGUUAGAGGCGGCGGAUCUGGACUAUUUGCGUAUACAUCAACCCGAGCAUCGUGCCAAGAUACUCACCGCCGUGCAGCUACUGCACGAUCUACAGUCGGGCAGCGAGGGUGACCUAGCCUCGAGUUCAGAGGGCGACGAGGUCAGCCGUCUGGUAUUAACCUCUGGCCAGACGUCCGGCCACUGUUCUCCCUUUAACCGUCGCCAGUUCCCGCGGGACUCGGGCUGCUACGACGCGCACAAGAAUACGACCAGUCGGCGGGCCAUCAGCCCGGAAUCAACGACCACGUCGACGAAGCUGUCGAGGGAGAACAAUCUGGACGGCGCGACGUCGGCGGCCGCGAAGAACGCCGCCGGCGGCGCAGCCGCCGCUGAGACCGGCCUCGCGGACGCCAAGGACGACUUCCAUCCGAACAUACCGAUCACCAGCGGCGCGAGCGCGAGCCAGAAGGAGGGGGGCCAAUUCGAGAAGUCGCCGUUGCUGCGCAGCGGCAACGUGCGCUUCAUCGCCAAGAGAGGCAACUUCGGCGAGACGGUGGUGAUCGAGGACGCUUGCGAGAGCGGCCAAAAACUCGGCGGCAUGGUCAAGUACGUGGUGGGCGGUAGCAGUGACCUGGGUCUCGAGGCCACCGGCAACGUCACCGGCCUCAGCCAACGGGGCUGCCUCAGCGAGAAAUCCAGCGACUCCGGCGUCAGCUCGUCCAGCAUCAGCUCGGCGCCGCCGCCGCGCGACAAGGUGCUCGCCUCCGCCAGCACCGCGUCCGACUCACCUACCAAGACUUUCGGCAGCUUCACCAGAGCGUCGCCGACCUCCCAAGGCGGCAGCAAGGGCGGCAGCCAGGCCAACGACGGGGGCUACCAAUGAGAGGGACCGCGGCAGACCGCCGAUUCGACGAGUCGCGGCAGCCGCGAUUCUGAGCACGAGAUCGAGGCGGACGGAGGUAAGGGAGUCGAGUGUGUGUAAUUAACGCGGGAGCGGCCAACGGAGCAACCUUGCUUCGAGCCUGAUUGCUACACGCGGUCUCGCGUUUUGUCCUGUCCUGGGGAAUUUCAUGGCGCGGAUUUUUCAAGACCCAGCGGCGUGACUGUCGAACGGCGCCGGCGGGUGUGCAGCGGCGGUUUCUUCCAUCGCGAAAACGUAGUCGGUAAUUAUCGAUAAUUCUCCGCUCGUAUCGCGCGCGCGCGAACGUCACAUUUCAGCUCGGCGCGAGCAGAGCGCGCAGAAGCAAUAUCUCAUUUCCCGUUAUUGUUGUCGAAGGGGUGCCGAGGAUUUCGCUUCGUUUGAUCAUUCUCGUCACGAGCGCGAGAGAAAGACGGCGCGGCGGCGCACGCGCGCUCGCAACGACGCGAACGGAAAUUCUAAUAUCUCUCGACGCGGCCCGAUAUUAAUGUCGGGGGAACAUUUUGUUAUUCCGCAUCUCGCAUAUUUGGACGCGGCGGCGGGAAGAACUGAGGCAAGAAUCGCGCGAAACGAGCGAAAUUCCAACAGUUGUAACGAGGGCUCCCCGGGGAAAGAAAGACGGAGACAGACGGUCAGAGGAGAGCGAGGCGAAGUUUCUUCUUCGCGUUUACUCGUGUUCGGCUCGCAACGAGAGAGACGCAUUCGACGAGUUUGGAGUGAGGUCGGACAGCAAAAUCACGUCACUGCCGAUCAUCCUCGCGAUGUUACGACACUUGGCCGAUCGCUCUCGAGCGACUCGAAACGGCGAGAUCUCAUCGCGCGCGCCUACGUAGUCGUGUAAUUAAUAA